GCUCGCAGUUGAAUACCGCAGCUGGGAUUGUUACGAAAUUGCGUGGAAGUGAUUUUCUCGAAACUGCACGCAGAAGAUAAUGAGAACGACUCUGUUCAUUUGUUAAGCGGAAUAACCGACGGGAUUAUUAGAAUUCUGCGCGACGUAAUAGCGACGAAGCGACAGUACCUACCUGAAUGCACCCUGCCGUGAAUCCCGGAGUAAUAUAUUCGCGAGAUGUGUAUAUAGCGACGCGUAUACGUUGCGCUUAGUGUUAAUAUAAUUUUUUUUUCUUUUCACAUUGCACUCCGCGCGCGCGUCCUCUCAUCUGUCGCGCAUGUUUGCGCUCACCGCACGGCACAUUCGCGGUAUUUAAUACAUUCUCUUUGGCCGGAAUCCAGAUACGUUGUUAUAUUACGCAACAGAAAAUAUCGCGCGUUAUCUCCCAAAAUUGUGAAAAUAAUAAUACUUGGUCUCUCUCUUCUGUGUUCGCAAAAACGAAACCGGUCGGUCGAAGAUCGAGAAUGUUAAUCGCGCUGGAUUUUAACACCUCAUUUUCGCCGUUAGGCUAGCAUCGAUGCGCCGGAACGUGUACGGACAUAAUACUAAAAACGACAUAAAGAAGAUCAAAGAGUCGGAGAAGUGAUUCGUGCGCGAGUACUUCCAAUAGGUCGAAUCGACGAAACGACGACGGCGGCUACCGGCCCUGCUCUUGACACUUGCAAGGCAAAUUAAUUCGCGACAGCUGACUCGGUUGUCAGUUCGAUUAAGUGCUGGGCGGAGCUGAAUGGUCGUGUAACAAAUUAGGUCCGACUAUGCGGACUAGCUUAUGGACUACGUGCAUGCUUGAGAUUAUGCAAUAUUGCACAGUGGAGCCAUAAGUCAUUAUCGCAAUAUCGACAUUAAAUAUCGUAAUUUUCGUUUUACUGGAAAUUCAGCAGUAUGUGCAUAUGCGUUGUACGCAUUUCAUUUGAAACGCGCGUAUCUGAAAAGUGGUGGAAUUUCUCGCGAACUCGUUGAGAGAGUCUGCACGGAAAAAAAAAGAUUUGCUAAUAUAUGGUCAACUAAAAAUAUUAACUGCAGCAGCAAAUUUCCUUGCUUUCAUAGCAAAGUUAGCAAAGCUUUCAUAUCUUUUCCAUAUAUUAGCAAAUCUUUUUUUUCCAUGUGUGCUUCGAUGAUGCGCAUGAACAUAGUUGCAACUAAAAAUGCGAUAAAAUAUUGUGAAGAGCGGUAUUCUUUCUCGCGAAUAUAUAUUCUCGAAAAGCAAACACAAAUGGGGACACUCGCUACUCAGCAGUAUAAUCGAAACCUUUGUUUCACUAAGGAAACGUGAUAACCAUUAAUUGACACGCGAGACAAGAAAAUUAAUGCGGAUUAUUCGUUUGCAAAAGCCACUGCAUUAAUUCAAUCUGUGUGACACAUGCACACUCAUGGACUUUGUAUUUUACGUUUAUCGUAUAUAUUAUACAUCUCAUUUUACCGAUAAUUUACUUAUUUAAAUAAUCGUUAAAGCCAUUUACCAGACAAUUAUCAUCCCAUUUAAAUCAAUUCUAUUCUUCUUUGAUGUCAUUCAACCCUUCCAUAAAAUAUGUCAUUAGCUCGUUAUAAUCUUGUUAAUGACAGGCGGUGAGUAUGUCUAUAUUUGCAUUAAAUGCAAUUACAUCAGCGCCCCACGUACGUAUGUUCGAUAACAGAGAAUUAAAGCGACACAUCUUUGAUUCUACGAAGAUUCAAUAUAAAGCUUUCCAUCUUCCAUGUCAUUUCUAUCGUCUAUUACGUAUCGUUAGUGAGAUAAUCGACGAGAAUAAAUUCGAUAAAAUUUAAAAUUAGUCUUCUAAUCAUUACUCCGAGCAAAUUCCAUUUAUAUCAAAGAACUCUUUCGAAGUAUAUUACUUUCAGAGCAUCUCUAUCGAAGUGUAUUAAUUUCAGAACGCCAAAUUGUCGCGAUAAUUUCAGGGUAGACCUUUCGUAUCAGAAUUUUUCAAUGACGCGUUCACAAGAAAUUUCGUAAGAUAAAGUUAUCGAAUUACAUUGCGGUGUCACGAACGAGACGGUGACAGCCAAAUCGACCAGUACACCUUCCGCUGUGCCAUCCCUCGGUUGGCAGCAGUCGGGGUUAAAAAUGUAUAACUCGAUCUUCGACACGGGUCAAAAGAGCUGUUUCAUAUCUUCCUGCCGAUCCAAGGUUAAAGAACCCAACGCCUUAACGAUUUCGCGUCCAUCAUCGUCAGUCGAUGUAUUUACUUCACGCUAGUGAGUUGCAAGGGACAAAAGACGGGCGAAAGGAAGGAAGGAAGGAAGGAAGGAAGGAAGGAAGGAAGUGCCGAAGGAAGUAAGAAACCUGGGGAGAACGUCGCGAGAAAAGGGCGAUCCAUCAAAAUCAAAAGAGAGCUCCUUGCGAACUGUCAGGCGGCGAACGGGACUACGAAUGUGACGAUACGAUGAUGCGAAAUUCGCAACGACGGAGAGACCAUCCUCGCGCUGUGAAGCAGCGAAUCUCGAGGGUGGUCCUCCAGAUCCUGUUAAUUCAAAAUUUCGUUACCUUUAAAACUGUUGCUCAAAUAGCCGAAUGUCCGCCGACGGAAGUAAUUCCAGGCUGUCCUUGCUACUACUUUGAAGACGGUCUCUUUCUGGAAUGCGCUGGCGCUACGGAAGAAACUCUGAGAACCACACUGCAAGGCGUGCUAAGUACGAGCGGCACAGGUACGAUGGUACAGUCGUUGAGCGCUUACGAGUUGGACAAAAGCAUCGAAGAGCUGAAGGAAGUCGCUUUCCCGCCCGGCUCGCAAAUUAGGCACCUUCAGAUAUCCCAUUCGUCUUUGCGGGAGGUGAGCGAGAGCGCUUUCACGAACUUGAAGGACAGCCUGGAGUCCUUGGCACUGGUUUCCAGUCGUUUACCCCACGUGCCUCAAAAAUCAUUAGCCGAGCUGCGAAAACUAGCCGCGUUGGAUCUCGAGACGAACCUGAUACAGGAUCUCUCGUCCUACUGCUUCUACGGUUUGAAGCUAAUGAAAUUGACGCUGAAGGGAAACCAAAUAUCGAAGAUCUCCGAGUACGCGUUCGCGGGCCUCGAGGAUAGUCUGAGCGAUUUAGAUCUGGCUGAAAACAAACUGAAGCUCUUCCCGAUGGCUCCCCUGAGAAGGCUGGAGAGUCUAGCCUCGCUCAGGCUCGCGUGGAACGAGAUCUCGGAACUGCCCGACGACGGCUACAGCCUGCUCAGCUCGUUGCUGUUUCUCGAUUUGAGCAGCAACAAUUUCGAGAAGCUCGCCGAGGAUUGCUUCAGACCCUGUCCCAUCCUUCACACUCUAUCUCUUUACUACAACUCCAUCGAGAGCAUUCACAAGGACGCGUUCGUGUCGCUGAAGGACCUCGAGUCGAUCGAUCUGAGCCACAACAAAAUAGUGUUCCUCGACGUUGCGACGUUCAAGGGAAACGAGCGGCUACGUACGAUCGAACUCAGUCAUAACCACAUUCACUACAUCGGCGGCGUGUUCGCACGGCUGCCCGAGCUGCGGGAGCUUUAUUUGGCGGAAAACAAUAUUCUGGAGAUCCCCGGGGACGCGUUCGCCGGCAGCGUGAGCCUCGCGGUGGUGUAUCUCCAGCAGAACGCCAUCCGAAGAAUCGACGCGAAGGGUCUCACGAGUCUCACGCAGCUGGCCCAAUUGCAUCUAAGUAACAACUACAUCGAGAGAGUGCCGCGGGAAUUCCUCGAGCACUGCGAGAACCUCUCGUCGCUCUCCCUGGACGGUAACAAGAUCCGCGAGUUACAGCCGGGCACCUUCCUCAAACUGCACCAGCUACGGGAGCUACGACUACAGGAUAAUCACAUAAUGGAGGUGAAGCGCGGCGUUUUCACACCGCUGCCGGCGCUUCUUGAGCUCCAUUUACAGAACAACGCCAUCACCUCCAUGGAAACGGGUGCGUUGCGGACGCUCAAUAGUCUUCAGCACGUUAAUCUCCAGGGCAAUCAGCUGACCAUGCUCGGCGACGUCUUUCAGCUGUCCGCCACGGAGUCGUCAUCCGGCGGAAGCUCUUUGGUGUCCAUUCAGUUGGACAGCAAUGGCCUGGCCGUGCUGCACAAUGACUCUCUGCGUGGUCAAGCGUCCGUGCGCAUCAUGUGGCUCGGCCAUAACAAGCUGACGCACUUGCAGGCGCCCCUCUUCCGGGAUCUUCUUUUGGUGGAGCGCCUUUAUCUGACGAACAAUUCCAUCUCCAGGAUUGAGGACGCCGCCUUUCAGCCUAUGCAGGCUUUGAAGUUCCUCGAGCUCAGCAUGAACAGGCUGAGUCACGUAACAGCGAGAACGUUCUCGGAACUGCACGAGCUGGAGGAGCUCUACUUGCAAGAUAACGGUCUCAGGCGGCUGGAUCCUUACGCGCUCACGGCUCUCAAGAAACUCAAAGUGUUGGAUUUGGCGAACAAUUAUCUCACGAUCCUGCAGGAUGCGAUCUUCCAGGAGGACCUGCCGAUCACGACACUCAACCUCAAGAACUGCUCGAUCACUACGAUCGAGAACGGAGUGUUUCGCGGCCUCAACAACCUGUUCGAUCUCAAUCUGGACGAAAAUUUGCUCACGGCCUCGGCACUGCUGCGUCUGCACGUGUCCGGUCUGCGGACGCUCGCCGCGUCCGGCAACAAUUUCAGUCAGAUCACGGAGCACAGUUUCAACGGACUGCCGUCGUUGCAGGAGCUGUUUCUUGACGACUCGCAGAUCAGCCAGCUGCCGGAGACGAUUUUCGUACUGAACCGCAAUCUGGCGCGUCUGCACCUGAAUCAGAAUCAGCUGCGCACCCUACCGCCGGGCAUCUUCGAUCGGCUGCUCUCGCUGCGGGAGAUCCGGCUGGAUCGCAAUCGUUUCCAGGCCAUCCCGUACUCGGCGCUCUCGAACGCGCUCAAUCUCGAGAUCCUCACGUUGUCCACCAACGAGAUCCUCAACGUCGACGUGGCGAGUUUCGCCAGCUUGAAGCAUCUGCGAGAGCUGGAUCUGAGCCACAACAAGAUCGAGACGAUGUCCGGCUUCGCGAUGGCCAAUUUGUCGCGACUGGUGUCGGUGGAUCUCAGUCACAAUUAUCUGACCGCACUGCCGGCGAAUUUCUUCGCGCAUUCGUCCUUAUUACGCAGGGUCGACCUGUCGGAGAAUAAAUUCCGACAGAUACCCGCGGUGGCUCUCUCGGGUCAGAAUUUGCCCAGUCUCACUUGGUUGAAUCUCACGCGCAACCCACUAAACAGGAUCCACGAUCUGCCGUCGGAGGCGAUGUAUCCCAUUCUUCAGGAAGUGCACAUAUCCGGCACUAACCUUAGUAUAGUGACCUCGCAGGACUUCGAGGCCUUCCCGGCGUUGUUGCAUCUCUAUCUCGGUCAGAAUUGCAUCCUACGAGUGUCGCCGGGCGCGUUUCACAGUCUACCGAAUCUGCUCACUCUUCACCUAGGCAUGAACAGCCUGGAGAUCCUGCCGAAGGAGAGAUUGCAGGGCAUGGAGCACUUACGCAUACUCAAUUUGACGCAUAACCGUCUAAAAGAGCUGGAGGAGUUCCCGGAGGAUCUCAAGUCCCUGCAGAUACUGGACCUGUCGUACAAUCAGAUCGGCAUCGUCGGCAAAGUGACGUUCAAGAAUUUAAUUAGCCUGGUCGAGCUGCAUCUUUACGGUAACUGGAUAAACGCCAUCUCCAGCGAGGCGUUCAGACCUCUGAAGAAGCUACGUCUACUCGACCUGAGUAGGAAUUACUUGGAGAAUCUGCCGUUGAACGCUUUCCGGCCACUCGAGACGCAAAUAAGGAGUCUGCGGGCUGAAGAGAACCCUUUACAUUGUGGCUGCGAGUCGCAAGAGUUGUGGGAAUGGCUGAGAGAUCAUCAGAAAUUGGUGAGCGGGGUCGGCGGUGGUCGUAGCCGCGGAAGAAAUGGUGUCGGAGUCGGUGACGUCGAGGGCGGUUUGUUGAGAUGCGAGCAGCCGCCCGAGCUCCGAGGCCUCGUCUUCCUCGAUCUUGACCCCCACGCCUUUUGUUCCGCUCCGCUGGUCCUGAAACUCGCAAUUCAGGACAUUCAGCCCUUCUCCGUUCUGGUAUCGUGGCAGAGCAGAAACCAUUCCGGCCUCCACGGCUACCAAGUGGCGUAUCACGCUUUGGACAAUGUCGACGAGGUACGAGGCAAGCUGUUGGACCCGAAGGCACGUUCGGUCAGAUUGACGAAGUUGGCGUCUGACACGCGCUACCUGAUCUGCGUACUCGGCCUGGGCAGCUGGGGCACGCCGAUCCCGGAGGACAUCGGUUCCUGGCAGUGGAACGCGUCGCACGACGACGUGAUCGAGGGAUCCUCGCUGCCGGUGAUGGUGAACUCACCUACCAGCCGAUGCACGGAGGUCAGAACUUUGGACGCGCCCGAUUCUAUAGUAGGCGACGGCACGGUGAGCGACAGAGGCGGUAUCGCGAGUAUCCUCACGAGACGGCUCGGUCUCAUCGUGGGUAGCUGCAUGGGCUUCGUCGUGUUCGUGGUGCUGAUCUCCGUCCUCGGCUACAUGAAAAUGAAGAAGCAGCGCGCGACGAUUAAGCGGGAUCAGCCAUUGUCGACGAAUCCGCCGGAGUACAUGUCCUAUCGGCACUUCUCGUUACAGAGCGGCGACAGGGCGGAGAACGCUUGUCCGAGUUUCAUCAGUAACAUCGGCUCCGCGCCGCUCGGUUCGUAGCAGAAGGUGAAGGAGUCUCGUAAAGAGACCAUCCAACAUGACAUCGAGAUGAAAACCGUGUCGACCUGCACCAGUAUCUACAGCUAAUAAUUGCGCGGCUCCGAACUCCGAGGAGAAACGACGUUCUGGUGCGGUUGAAAUCGUCCCGAGGGGGACAGCCGUGUGCGCGGUAUCGCGCGGCUCUUGGCACGCCUUUCGAGUAACGAAAUCGGAUGAAAUCGGACGAGAUGGCCGAGCAGACGUCGGUUAUUACUGGUGGAAUCCCGCGCGCGCCGAUCAACGCGACUUCUCCUUUAUCUUCGCGAUCGCCCAUGAGACGGACGCUGUGAGAUUCGCGCAUCGAACGAUCAAAACGAAAGCGCGCCGACAACCGGCCUGAGACCCUACCUUUCAAUCAGUAGUAGCGUUUCGACGUAGACAAUUUUUUGUACGAACACGCCGCCCGAUGCGAUCACGACGUGUCACGACGCUCCUCUCGCGAAUCGUGCUCGUUUUGCUUACGACAGGGGGGACGCGAUGUAGCGCGAAGUGCCAAAAUAGGAGGAAAGAAAAGUAGAAGGGAGGAAAGGGAGAAACGUGCCGUAAACUUUUCUCGUGAACCGCGACGCCGUAAACGCGCGCGCGACUUCCGGGACACCGGGAACAUCCCCGGGCGACUUAAUCUUAUUAUCGCGCAUCGGCGAGAAGCGCCGGUGCACGGCUUAGGCAUGUCGUUUAGCGUUUAAAGCUCGUGCCAAAAGACUGGGACGCGUUCUAACGCGUGCACAUACACACACACGCGCGCGAAAAUCCAAGAACUUCCUGUGACCGAGUCAAACGGGAGCGACGGCGAAUUAGUACUUUUCGACAGGUGACUUUUAUGCCGGAGGAGGUGAACCUCUCGCGGGCAUCUUUUCGUUACGUGUUUUUUACAACGCAUCGCGGAAACCGCCCGUUAACGCGGCUGACGGACGCACCCGCCGCUUUACGAAAAUCGAGCAACGACGUAUCGACCCUCUCUGCGAAACUUUUCCAAUCUCUCGUACGAAGACUGAUUUUUUAAGCCGUUCGAAAUUUUUUUUUAUAAUUCCGGAAACUCGUCUAUGUAUCAUACGUGUGUGACACAUACACACAGAGACACACACGCAUCCUCGCGUGCAACAUGCACACACACAUACACACAUACAGAUCUAGAAACACGACAUUUUUGUAAAUAACGUAAAGCAUCGCCACUUAACGAUGUCCGUGCUGGUGUGUAUCCAUAAAAUUCAUCUUUAUAGUGCUGCGCAAGCAAUAUUACACUUAUUCGUAUCGAUAGUUCUAACGAUCAGCACUAACGCAAUUAAGGGGAAGCGAUCCGCGCGAGAAGGGCUUCAUCUUGUCGUCGUUCUUAAAGCAUCGCGAUGGGAGAGAUCUCGCGAGCACGCAAUCUAGCCUCCUUGGUUUUGAUAAUAUCACGUUGCGAGGCGGAUCUGUGAGCGACGAGCAUGUUCAAAGUUCUCGAAUCGUGAAAGACUAAGUGUGAUUCCUGCCAAACGAAAAAAAAACAGAAGAAGAGUAAACAAAGUAAUUGAUUCCAAGUUGCCAAAUGUUAACUGUGUAUCGAAUAUCUCGUGAGAAAUCGGUUUAUUGUAUAUAGAUAGAAGAUAUGUAUACACAUAGCAUUCUUUAUUAUAGUCUAGGCUUUCGGUUAAUAAAAGUACCCCAAAGCUGUAAA